GGCCCUGCGUUGCAGGGGUAGUUUCGCUGCACCAGGUGGGACCUGGAGUCAGGUGUUGUGGCGCCCGCCUUGGCCAGGCUCAGUAUCUGGCACCAAUUCUGGCCCCGUCAUUUGCGACCCAUGGCUCUUGUGAUAUGCCGAAGAUUUCCAGGCAGUUUCUGUGGAACACUUGCCCAUCCAGCUCUAAUCAAGCACCAUAUAGACAAGAAAUUGCCUGGUCAAACCUGGGAGGACUGUGUUCUGAUUGCCAAAAAGAUCAGUACUGACACCAGAAUGGCAGCCACUCUGAAGUUGUUAAAACCUUUAGGAUAUCGAGCAUUUUGCAGUCCUUUUGCCUACAGUGCAGCCCAAAGUGUGGCAUAUUGGAAUGUGGGAAGCAGCACACGGUAUGCAGGACAGGACACUCCAGAACACAGUAGCCCCUGUCAUCCUGCCAAAAAAGUUAACAUUUGUACCACCUCCUCUUCUUGGAGGAUCCUCACAACGAGCAGUGCCCACCAGGGUUUGGAAUUCGGCAGGGCUUCUAAGGCCAGAACGUCACAGCCAGGCUCACCCAGGGCCAUGAGAGUUGAUGAAGAGGAUGUAGAAGUUUUUGAUCCCCUUGAAGGCCCCCGAGUUUUCCUACAGCUAAGACCAGAAUACCAGCUUCACAGCUAUAACAGAUCUGAGACGUGUCAGCCCCUAUCUAUUUCAGAAGGUGAACGAAUUUUGGACAAAGUCACAGUUUAUCAAAAUAAUCUCCAGCCUCAAAUCAUUGCUGAUUAUUUUUGUAAGCUGAGCUCUUUGCCUGCAGAGCAGCAUCCUGUUUUGCUAUCGAGUACCAGCUUUACUUUACUCUGUCAGCUGAGUGUGAAAAACAUACAGCUCUUUAAUACCCCAGAUCUGAUCAAUAUUUUGAAAGCCUUUGUCAGUUUAGGCAUCCCUCAGUCCCAUUCAGUGCUAGAUGUGUAUGAAACCAAAUUUUGUCAUCAGGUGUGGGAGAUGAGUCUGGAUCAACUUCUCUUGGUAGCUGAUCUCUGGCGGUACUUAGGCCGCAGAGUACCUCGAUUUUUAAAAAUAUUUUUUAAUUAUCUUAAUUUGCACUGGAAAGAUCUAUCCUUGUCCCAGCUGAUUCACUUAAUUUAUAUUAUAGGUGAAAAUCGUCAGGUACCCCAGGACCUAAUGCAAAAACUGGAAUCAUUGAUCCUUAAGUAUAUAGAUUUGAUCAAUUUAGAGGAAGUUGGUACGAUCUGUUUGGGGUUCUUCAAAUCAAGUAGUAGUCUCUCUGAAUUUGUCAUGAGGAAAAUUGGAGACUUGGCUUGUGCUGACAUGCAGCAUCUGAGUAGUCAUGCUUUAGUGCAUAUUGUCAAAAUGUUGCGUUUCACUCAUGUGGAUCACAUAAAUUUCAUGAAGCGGUAUGGAGAGAUUGCUCCUCAGAGAAUUCCUUCCCUAGGAGUUCAGGGUGUCAUGCACCUGACUCUUGCCUGCUCAGCUUUACGCAUCUUGGAUGAAGGAGUAAUGAAUGCUGUGGCGGCUUCUUUGCCUUCUAGGGUAGUACACUGUCGAAGUAAAGAUGUUGCCAAGAUUCUGUGGUCAUUUGGAACUCUGAAUUAUAAGCCACCCAACACAGAAGAAUUUUAUUCCAGCAUGAUAAAUGAGAUUCACAGAAAGAUGCCUGAAUUCAACCAAUACCCAGAACACCUGCUCACCUGCCUGCUGGGCCUGGCAUUUUCUGAGUACUUUCCAGUAGAGUUCAUUGAUUUUGCUCUGAGUCCAGGGUUUGUUGGGUUAGCUCAGGAGAGAAGUAAGUUUGUACUCACUAAGGAAUUUUAUACUCUUGAUGGUACAGUUGGCAUUGAAUGUCCAGAUUACAGAGGCAAUCGUCUUAGUUCUCACCUUCAGCAAGAAGGGUUUGAAAUAGUGUGGAAUUUAGCGAGGAAGGAUAUGAAUUCAAAGCCUGAAUUCCUAGAAGCUCUCUCUUUACUGGAGACCAUGUUGGGUGGGCCCCAGUAUGUCAAGCACCAUAUGAUUUUGCCUCAUACCCGAUCUUCUGACUUAGAGGUCCAGCUUGAUGUUAACAUGAAGCCAUUGCCAUUUAACAGAGAAGGCACACCUGUUGAAGAUGUAGCCAAAUUAAGGAUUAAGCAUGUGGGAGUCAGCCUUACAGAUGAUUUGAUGAAUCAGUUACUAAAAGGGAAAGCAAGAGGGCAUUUCCAGGGGGAAAUUGAGUUAGAGAAUGGGCAGCAACCCAUAGAGUUAGAAAAGAAGGCAGCAGUACCCUUGGGAGGUUCCUUUUGCAAUGUGGCAGAUAGAUCAGGGGCAGUGGAGAUGACUGGCCUGUACCCCACAGCAUGCAUGCAGGCCCCUCAAGUGAAGCUGGCUAUUCAGUUGACAAACAAAAACCAGUACUGCUAUGGUUCCAGAAAUCUGCUUGGACUGCACAAUAUGAAGAGGCGGCAGCUGGUUCGGCUUGGGUAUCGUGUGGUAGAGCUAUCCCACUGGGAAUGGCUCCCACUAUUGAAACGAACUCGCUUAGAAAAGCUGGCAUUCCUCCAUGAGAAAGUAUUCACCUCUGCUCUCUGAAGAGCAUUUCUACUCAAAAGCUAUAGCUGUACACUGUACCAGGUGUUGCAAGACAAUUAUAAAAGCCAGAAUGUAAGUUUGGUAAUAAAAUCUUCUGUUCAGGAGACCUAGUUGUGCUCUUGUCUAUGGCAGGUUGGAGCUAGUAUAUGUUACUCUGAAUUAAUUGUUACCUGGUUGGAUUGUACAUGUUGCUGCUAAUUUGUGCUUAUUACUCUUAGUAAAUAAUAAACAUCUUAA